GGAAGCUUUCCCCCGGCUCCCCUCCACCACCAUGGCUUCCAACUUCAACGACAUAGUGAAGCAGGGGUACGUGAGGAUAAGGAGCAAGAAGCUGGGGAUCUUCCGGAGGUGUUGGCUGGUGUUCAAGAAGGCCUCCAGUAAAGGACCCAGACGGUUAGAAAAGUACCCUGAUGAGAAGGCAGCUUUCUUCAGGAGCUUCCACAAGAUUACCGAGCUCAGUAACAUCAAGAACAUUACCCGGAUGCCACGGGAGACAAGGAAGCAUGCUGUCGCCAUCAUCUUCUGUGAUGACACGUCAAAGACAUUUUCCUGUGAAUCAGAGCUGGAUGCAGAGGAAUGGUGCAAGCUACUGUGCAUGGAGUGUCUGGGAACCCGUCUGACUGACAUCAGCCUGGGAGAGCCGGACCUGUUAGCAGCGGGGGUGCAGCGGGAGCAGAACGAACGCUUCAACGUGUACCUCAUGCCCACCCCUAACCUGGACAUCUACGGGGAGUGCACCAUGCAGAUCACCCACGAGAACAUCUACCUGUGGGACGUCCACAACGCGCGCCUCAAGCUCGUCAUGUGGCCUCUCAGCUCCCUGCGCAGAUACGGCCGAGACUCCACCUGGUUCACGUUUGAAUCCGGCAGGAUGUGUGACACAGGAGAGGGUUUGUUUACGUUCCAGACGCGAGAGGGGGAGAUGAUCUACCAGCGGGUCCACUCGGCCACGCUGGCCAUCGCCCAGCAGCACGAGCGGAUGAUGGAGGAGAUGGAGAAGAGCUCCCAGUUCCACUCCAGAGAGACGUUAACCAAGUCCAUCUCCCUGCCGCGCAGCGCCUACUGGCAGCACAUCACACGCCAAAGCAGCGUGGGAGAUCUCUACAGUUACCAAGGGAGUGGUGGAGAAGAAAGACUAAAAGACAGAGAAGCCAGGCUGCUGAUGACUUUCAUCCCCCGAGCGCAGACCUUCCCCAGCUUUCUGUCUGAUGAGGCCGAGCAGCAGGAGAGCUGCCCCCAGGAAGAGGCACCAUCGCCCUCUGGUGGCUGUGAAUCAAGUUGCAGCCUCAGACCGCUUCAAUGACAGUGAGCAGUUCCAGCAACUGUGGACACUUUACCCCUCCCUGUAGAUUCAGACACCUGUACACUGACAUGUAAUAUAUUGUUUCUUGGUGAUACUUAUAAACAACAACUCCAGAAUGAGUAGAGGCGGAUUUCAUCCUUUUUAUGCGCAACUGCAGAUGUAACGAUAGCACCAAUAAUACGUUGAAGGGUGAUUUAAAGUGUUUUAUGUCUGUUCCUCUAAACGAAAGGCACUUGACAACACAUUAAAAGCACUGACUUAACAGGCCCAAUUUUUAGGAGAGGUUUGGUUCCAAAGUUGAUCAAAUUACAUCUGGCUCGGUCCAACAAUGUGCUUCCUCAGCGGUAAGUUGGGAGAGAAACUCCACCAGUUUUGACACAUAGUCCUCCCACACUUAACAGCACCCUGCAUUCUUUCAAGAAUGUGAAAUCGAUCAAUGCCUUCCACCAGAACGAUCCGACGUCCAUGGCAGUGAUGAAUCAGCGAAACACCCUAAUCGGUUACGACCGGAAAAAAAGAAAAAAGAAGCAAAAGUCAUUCAGAAAUGUGCUCCAAGGAUAGAGGGACGUAUUGUCACA